AUUUGAAAAGCAGAAUUGCAAUUUAAUCAGCACACAUCCAAUUUACCCAACCUCAAUACAACACCAGUUACCUAUCCACAUUUCUGAAAAUAUGCUGAAAGUCGCCGUUUUCCUAACCCUGUGCGCUCUGGAGACCUUCGCGGGCAAUCCUAUGGCGUCGGUUUCCAGGUUGGGCGUUUUUCCCAGCAACAUCCUCCGAGCAGUUCCUCGCCAGGAGGAAUGUGGAACCUGCGACACUGAUCAAACGUGCUCAAUUCCACCCGGCGAAUAUUUCCCCUGCGACAAAACCUUCACAGCAACAACUUCAACUUCAUCGCUCACAAUGCAGGUUGACGUCUGUUUUGGCACCGAUAUCGAAUACUGUGUUCAUUUACUUGAUACUGAUCUACCAAAUUCUGCAAUAGAAGGUGGACUCUCCUAUACAGUCAGAUUUUCCGUCGUGGCGAGUGACAUUUUGUCUGGAAAAGAUGUCCAAUUUCGUUCGAACCUUUUGCAUACUGAUACCAGGUUUUUGGAGUUCUGUGUUGCUAUUAACUGCAGAAUUUUGUGAUUAAAUACUUAUUGGAACUAUGUAAAAAAUGUAACCAAACAUCAGAGUUUUGGAUUAUUGUGAUUGCAAAAUUUUGUUCUCCUGAAUAAAAGUUUGCCUUAUUUUGCGCUAAAUUCAAUGCAUCUA